AUGGAAUCGCUGCGUUACAUUUGCUGGAUGGUUUGUCUCGUACAGAUCGUCACCGUCGAUGGCCGACCGGACUUUGGCACUGCUUUCCAAUUUUCGGUAACGCCUACCAUCAGCCAGCUGUCGGCUGAGAUUUCCAGUGUUUUCGCCUCAAUCGAUGAUGAGUUACACUUUAUGAUGUCCGCGUCAAUCCCGGAUGGCGAAUCGAAACGCCAACUGAUGGCAGCAUUUGCGGAAGACUUUUCAGUAAAAUCAAGAGCCAUCACGGACCAGCUUGCUGCCAGCAGUACGUCCAGCAUGGGCACAACACUGAGUGUCGUCUUUGCGGCGUACGAGGAGCUUUCCUCCUUUUUAAAUUUCAACGCCAACAAUUUUCUGGCCACUACCGCUCAAACGUUUGGCCUGUAUCUAACCGUUGAACUUUUCGAUGGUUUAGUAGGGUUGGUACUGAGCAUGUCGGAAUUGAAAACUAAAAUCGAAUUCUUACAAACGUCGCUAGCAAGUGCCACCGUCGCUGAAGAUGUACCGCUCGAUCGGUUAAGAAUGGUUGUUAGGGCUUUGCGAUUCAUGAAAGCACACAUACCGCUGGUGGUCUACACAUUUCAGCGCGUCGGUGUAAACCUUCAUAUGGCUGAAACAUUUUUUGUCACCUUCAAGCAAAACCAGCAGGGUCUGGCGGAAGAAUUUAUGCGAGAAGCGGUUGCCUUUAACGCUCAACUGUCCGCGGUGGAAGUUAGCGUUGGACUGGCGUUGAGUGCUGUCGAGGUGACAUUUACUAACGUUGGUACUCAGCUCGAAAAUGAGCUAACGGGCUAUGUGCAGAGCCAGACCGGGUUUAUGCAGCUUCAAACAUCGCUGGUAGCCUUCACCGGUCAGCGGUCCAUGUUUGUAAGGGAGCUUAAAGAAUCCAUCCUACUCACCAGCUCGGCCUACCGGGAGUCGGUGGAGACUUUUGUUGCCCAAACGUAUUACUUCGAUAGCUCAGUAACACUCGACUCUCCAGCAUUGGACCUCGUAACGCUGCUGAUCCAGUCGAACGUCUUCGACCGAAUGUGUUACAACAAAUAUGCAGCUCUGGUAGCCGAUCUUCUUGUUCUGGGACAGAUUCGGUUAGCUGAAUGCUUCGAUAAUGAGCUACCAAGGCUACGCAAACUACAACAUAUGAUCGAAACGUACGGCCUAAUGGUGUCGUACGAUGGUAAUGAUCUGUGGAACAACUUGAAACCCUGCAGAAGUGAAUUUGCCUCAAACAGUUGCAUGACCGAGGUCAGUGCAUUCUAUCCUCGACUGUCAGCAGCACGCGAUACCAACAUGGAGACCAGCGUAGACAACUUCUUCACGUCUGCAUUGACUGGCAGCUUGAACCGGAUCGAUCUCUGCUUCACCAAGGUGAAUUUCCUCACGUUCCAAAGGCUGGUGCCUUCGUUCCGAGGAGGCAUAACGAGUUGCUUCAAUGGAUUGUCAUGA